GUCCGUACGAGUAAACUGUGACACGUAUCCCUAUCUAUCUCCGCUCAACGCGGUUUCAUCAUCGCUUCUCUCUCUAUCAGUUGACGCCGUCCUUAUAAAACACUUCACCCUCCCUCGGCCCCAUUCUCAUCUCUCUCUCUCUAACCUCACCUGUUUCUAGAAACCUUUUGAGACCGUUCUUCCACUUCAUCACUCUUCUUCAGCGGUACUAUAUAACAGAUAUAUAUGGUGACUUCCGACGGGUUAACAAACGUCGAUUCUUGGUUGUAUCGACAAGGUUUCAACGUUGAUUCUUGGUUGCUUACUGAUACCUUCUCUCACGACAACGAUUUGCUCGCACGAGCUCUUCACACCACCGUCACAGCGUCAGCCACACCACUUCCCUCAUCUUUCUUCGAUUCCGUCUCUCACCCUGUUUCUUCAACUCACACUACUCUCUCCUCUAACGUCUCCGCUGGAUCCGAUCCAGAAAUCAUCGGUGGCGGAGGAGCUAAACGAAAACGUAACUGCCUUCUUGGUGAAGGUAAAGCCACCAAGCGCAGUAGGUCUCGCCCUUCCAAGAAAACUCACACUACUUUCAUAACCGCGGAUCCCUCCAAUUUUCGUCAGAUGGUUCAGCAAGUCACCGGCGCCAACUACAUAGUCGAUGACUCUUCCUCCUUCGGUAUCUUCGCUCCCAUCCUCAAGCCAGAGCCGCUUAGGCUCGUCAACAAACUUCCGAAGUGUACAUCGGAUCGAUCCACGGCGGUUCCCAUGCUAGAUACAUCUGCAUUUUUGUCUAACCAUCACCAGGAGAAUCUAGGAGUUGAUAACGCCUUCUCCGGUAACAUCGGCCUAGGGUUGCCAUCAGCCAAGUCUAAUGCAGUGGUGGACGUCUCUGCCGUGGACUUUGAUACUACUAACUCAAUUUUUCCGACGCUUGAAUCAUGGAAAGUUAUGUGAUGACUAGCUCGUUAUAACUUUUGUUUUGAUAGAUUUUGUUCGAUGCAUCACCCUUUUUAUGAAUAAUAUCAAAUCUUGUUCAUAGUUUUUGUUUAUCCCAUGUAAUGGAUCAAAUCGGUUUCUCUAUUGACUUUUA